AGAUUUUCACAUAGAGUAACUUAGGUUGAGAAUGCUGCAAGCAGGCAGCGCUGUACGAGGCCUGUGCAAGGCCAUCAGGCCUUCAGCACCUAUUGUUAAGGCAGCAGACAAGGCAAUGGCUGCCCAUGCUUUACCUGCCACUCUAGUCUUGUCCCGCAGUCAGUCCAACAAGCCGGUUGUGGCUGAUAAUCGGGUUGAGGUGUUUGUGGAUGACAUUCCAGUCAUGGUGGAACCUGGCACCACUGUCUUGCAGGCAGCAGCCAUGGCAGGAGUGGAAAUUCCUCGCUUUUGUUACCAUGAAAGGCUCUCUGUUGCUGGCAACUGUCGCAUGUGUCUGGUGGAGGUGGAAAAAGCUGCUAAGCCUGUAGCGGCUUGUGCAAUGCCAGUGAUGAAGGGCUGGCGCAUCAAGACCAACAGUGAGAUGACACGCAAGGCUCGUGAAGGCGUCAUGGAGUUCUUGCUAAUUAAUCACCCGUUGGAUUGCCCCAUAUGUGAUCAGGGUGGUGAAUGUGAUCUUCAGGACCAAUCGAUGGCAUUUGGCUCAGACCGCACCAGGUUCCUAGACCCGAAACGAGCCGUGGAGGACAAGAACCUGGGGCCGCUUGUCAAGACCAUCAUGACACGCUGCAUCCACUGCACCCGCUGUGUCCGCUUUGCCUCUGAGGUGGCGGGCGUAGAAGACCUGGGCACGACUGGCCGAGGCAACUCCAUGGAGAUCGGCACCUACGUUGAGAAGAUGUUGCUGUCCGAGCUGUCUGGGAAUGUGAUAGACUUGUGCCCUGUGGGCGCCUUGACUUCCAAGCCCUACAGCUUCAGUGCCAGGCCCUGGGAGCUACGGCGCACUGACAGCAUCGAUGUCUUUGACGCUCUGGGCUCCAACAUCACCGUCAACCACAGAACUGGCGAAGUGCUCAGGAUUCUCCCCAAGACAAAUGAGGACAUCAACGAGGAAUGGCUGGCAGACAAGGCGAGGUUUGCCUGCGACGGCCUGAAGCGCCAGCGUCUUGUGGCGCCCAUGGUGAAGGACAGCAAGGGCGACCUGCGCCCCUGCGAGUGGGAGGACGCCCUCAUCGUGGCCGCCACCGCCCUGCAGGAGGCGAACGGGAGUGUCGCUGCAGUGGCAGGAGGUCAGGCUGACGCUGAGGCCCUCACUGCCCUCAGGGACCUCGUCUACAGGCUGGGCGGCCAGCACGUCUGCACUGAAGAGGUCUUCCCCGACAACGGCAGCGGCACCGACCUGCGCUCGAACUACCUGCUCAACUCCAGCAUAGCGGGCAUGGAGGAGGCCGACCUGGUCGUCUUUAUUGGCACCAACCCCAGGUACGUGGUGCUGGUGCUGCCUUGUAUGUCACCAACCCCAGGUGCGUGGUGCUGGUGCUGCCUUGUGUGUCACCAACCCCAGCACCUCGGCGACUCGUCGGCGACCGUGGAGCAGCUGUGCGCAGGCACCCACGCCUUCAGCAGCAAACUAGCGGCAGCCAAGCGCCCCAUGAUCAUCGUGGGACAGGCGCUGCUGGGCCAGUCCCAGGGCGGCGUGCUCUAUGCCAAAAUAUGUCAGCUUGCCAAUAAACUACGCGGGUCGGUGGAGCCCUCAUGGCGGGUGCUGAACGUGCUGCACCGCGUCGCCAGUCAGGUCGCGGCGCUGGACCUGGGCUACAAGGCGGGGGUCGCCGCCGUCAGGCAGCAGAAGCCUAAGGUCUUGUUCCUGCUGGGGGCCGACGAGGGCGCCAUCACGCGCAGCGACCUGCCUGCAGACACCACAGUCAUCUACCAGGGAUCUCAUGGGGACGCAGGAGCAGCGAUGGCGGACAUCGUGUUGCCGGGUGCCACGUACACGGAGAAGACCGCAACUUAUGUCAACACGGAGGGCCGCGCCCAGACUACCCUGGCCGCCAUCACGCCCCCAGGCUACGCGAGGGAGGACUGGAAGAUUAUCAGGGCCAUCAGCGAGGUCCUGCUCUGUGUAUUUAAUGUUGUAGCACACGAAGAACCCAUGAAUGUUAUGUUACAGAGUGUGGGCGCUGCUAGGGUGGACGGGUCAGCGGUGCUGCGACCAGCGCUGCUGCAGCUCGAGGACUACUACAUGACGGACGUCGUCUCCAGGGCCUCCCCCACCAUGGCCAAGUGCAUCGCUGCCGUCAAGAAAGAAAAGUCUAAUAGAUAUCAUUCUAAAUAAUGAGAAUUUUCUUGUUGUAUGGUCGAGAAAUGAUAUUUAGAGCAAUAGAGGUUAACACGUUGACUCCGAAGUGGUACAUAUGCGUACCACGAAAUGUAUUUCU